AUGUUGUGCGUUUGUGGUGAAGCUAAGGAACAACAAGUAUAUUCAACGCUGAAGCUGAAGCAACAUCAACCAUGUGAUUUCCCUCUUCUUUCUUCUCCCAUUCUGAUGGUCCACAACAACAUACACACUCCUCUCAAGCUCCCACCGUUAUCCCAUCCCCAUCUUCCUCUUCCCACGCCAUUUCCCACCAUGCCUCUUCUACUUGCUCGCAACCCACCUUCUUCACUUCCUCCAAUCCCUCCUCGCCUCUACAACAGCAACAACCACAACAACCACAACAACAAGCUUCUAAUAGCACCUUCUCAGAAGCGCUUCCCUCUCACCGCAACGCCAAUUGUUCUCUUCGCUCCCCGGCGCAUUCUAGCAUCACCUCCUCUGAAGUGCGCCUCUAUCAAUGGAGUCUCCGUUCAGAACAAUCCAGAAGCUUCCGCAGAACAAGUCUAUGUCGGUGAGUUACUUGAGAGGAUUCGUAAAUGGGUCGGCUUUUUACCGUCGCUUCUCCCCGGCGGACGGUGGUGGGACUUCUCCGACGACAUCGACGUUCAGAUGGUGGCGCAGCCGGUGACCGUGUGGCGCGCUCUAGGCAAAAUGUGGGAACUUGUGGCGCGUGAUAGAUGGGUCAUCUUCGCUGCUUUCUCUGCUCUCAUUGUUGCUGCAGUUUCGGAGAUUUCCAUUCCUCAUUUCUUGACGGCGUCCAUCUUCUCGGCACAGGGUGCGGACCUUACUGUUUUUCAUCGGAAUGUGCGUUUGUUGGUUCUGUUGUGCGUGACUUCGGGAAUAUGCAGUGGGAUACGAGGUUGCUGUUUUGGCAUAGCAAACAUGAUUCUGGUUAAGAGAAUGAGAGAAACGCUAUACUCUUCUCUUCUUCUGCAGGAUAUAUCGUUUUUUGACAAUGAAACCGUUGGUGAUUUGACAAGUAGGCUUGGGGCGGAUUGUCAACAAGUGUCCAGGGUUAUUGGAAAUGAUCUUAACUUGAUAUUGCGCAACUUUCUUCAGGGGGGAGGUUCAUUGAUCUACUUGUUGAUUUUAUCUUGGCCACUUGGUUUAUGUACAUUGGUGAUAUGCUCCAUAUUGGCAGCAGUUAUGCUACGUUACGGAAGGUACCAGAAAAAGGCAGCAAGGUUGAUCCAAGAAGUCACUGCUUCUGCAAACGAUGUAGCUCAAGAGACAUUCUCUCUUAUUAGAACUGUACGAGUUUAUGGAACAGAAGAAGAAGAAUACGGAAGGUAUCAAUGGUGGCUGGGGAAAUUAGCUGACAUCAGCUUGCGCCAAAGUGUUGCUUAUGGAGUUUGGAAUUUUAGCUUUAACAUCCUUUAUCAUUCAACUCAGGUUAUUGCUGUGCUAUUUGGAGGAAUGUCUAUUCUAGCGGGUCAUAUCACAGCUGAGAAACUUACCAAGUUUAUUCUAUACAGUGAAUGGUUGAUCUACUCUACCUGGUGGGUGGGAGACAAUGUAUCCAAUUUGAUGCAAUCAGUUGGGGCUAGGAUAAAGUUGCAGAGGUUAACAGGGCAUAUUGAGUUUCUAAAUGUAUCUUUUCACUAUCCUUCAAGGCCAACGGUAUCUGUAGUGCAACAUGUAAGCUUUGCUGUACAUCCUAGUGAGGUGGUUGCAAUAAUUGGACUUAGUGGUAGUGGAAAAAGCACGUUGGUGAAUCUUUUGCUCCGUCUAUAUGAGCCUACAGAUGGUCAGAUUUUGAUAGAUGAUAUCCCUAUUAAAGACUUGGACAUCGUGUGGUGGAGAGAGAGAAUUGGAUAUGUGGGCCAGGAACCCAAACUCUUCCGGAUGGAUAUUAGUUCAAACAUCAGAUAUGGAUGUACACGAGAUGUAAAGCAGGAGGAUAUUGAAUGGGCUGCAAAACAAGCCUAUGCCCACGACUUUAUCUCAGCACUUCCCAAUGGUUAUGAAACACUUGUUGAUGAUGAUCUGUUAAGUGGAGGACAAAAGCAGCGAAUUGCUAUUGCUAGGGCCCUUCUUAGGGACCCAAAAAUAUUGAUCCUUGAUGAAGCCACUAGUGCACUAGAUGCUGAAAGUGAGCAUAAUGUCAAGGGUGUUCUUCGAUCUGUGAGAAGUGAUUCUGCAACCAGAAGUGUCAUAGUCAUUGCACACAGGUGA